AUGUUUUUACAUAAAAUUUGCCAAUUUUCAAUAAAAAAUACCAAAUAUAAGUAUAUUCGAAGGCAUUUAGAUAAGACAUCAAUAUACUAUUUUUUAAAAGAUGAUUUUCCUGGGUUUUCUAGGGUUCGUUAUGCUUCAGGAACGCCUAAAUAUUAUGAACCUACAUCAGUCUUGUUUGGGGAGGAAACAGAAAAUCAGGAUUGGCGUACAAUUUGGAAAUACGGAAUGGGUGGAUUUAUGUUGAUAGCAACUAUUCUUUAUAUAUAUAAACCAAAGACAGGGAUAAGAAUAUGGGCUUUAGAGGAAGCAAAAAAAAGGAUAUAUUCAGAAAAAAAAGAAUGA